CUUUUCUUAAAUAAAAAAUGUUUCCUCAUUCGCUGCUGCAGGCUGCUUCUUCUUUUGCUGCUAACAAUACAUGUUCGGUGCCCCAAUCAGGUUCUUCAUCAUCCUCUUCAUCUGAAUCUCCAAGGUCACAACAUCAUCAACAACAUCACCAUCAGCAGCAGCAACAACAACAUCACCAUAAUAAUAAACAAAGACAACAAGCAAUGUCUGCUGCUGAAGCUUUGCAAGCACAACUUUUGGAGCACCAACAACAGCAACAGCAACUUGCUGCAGCAGUUGGACAAUUAAGUGGAGGUAGCAGUGUUAUUAGUAGCAGCAUUGGUCAAUCAGCAUCUUCUGUUGAUGAAGCCGUUGUUUGUAGUUCUUCGGGUACAGGUGGUGGUGGCGGUGGUGGAAAUCAAAGAGAACCAAAACCGUUUAAAUGUCCUCAUUGUCCAAAAGCUUUUGCUAAUAAUUCCUAUUUGAGUCAACAUAUGCGAAUUCAUUUGGGUAUUCGAGCUUUUGGUCCGUGCCAAUUUUGUGGAAAGAAGUUUACACAACUUUCUCAUUUACAACAACAUAUACGUACACAUACUGGUGAAAAACCUUAUAAAUGUAAAUAUGCUAAUUGUGAGAAGGCAUUUUCUCAAUUAUCUAAUUUACAAUCCCAUUCUCGUUGUCAUCAAUCUGAUAGGCCAUACAAGUGUAACAGUUGUUACAAAUGUUUUGCUGACGAACAAACACUUCUUGAACAUAUUCCACGACAUAAGGAGAGCAAGCAUCUUAAGGCAAGUGCGAAGGUUCACAUUUGCCCAUUUUGUGGAAAAUCUUAUUCACAAGCCCUCUACCUUGACAAACAUAUGACUAAACAUACUGAUCGUAGGAGUGAUAUGCGAUUUCCAAAAAACGUUGGAAAUGUUGGUUAUUGUUCAUCUUCAAAUGGUUCUACUACAGCCGCUGCUGCACAGCAACUGGCAGCUGCAGCAGGGAAUGCUGCAAUGAUGGCUGUUUCUGGUUUAGAUUCUGCUUUUGAUCCUUUUGAUGGGCUUGGACAACAUUUGGGUCAAUUAGGGUGUGGUAGUGGUGGAAAUCAAAAUAAUAAUAGUACUGCAAAUGCUGCUGAACAACAACAACAGCAACAAGAUUUUUCGCUUAUAGCCGAGCAAUUCCAAAUGGCAGCAGCUAAUGCAAUGCAACAACAGCAACAACAACAUUCUGCUCAACAGCAACAACAAUCUCAGCAGCAACAACAACAACAAUUAGCAGCAAGUACAGCAGCAGCUUUAAGUUCAUAUGGAUGCUAUCCAUUUUCAGGAGGUACUAGUAGUAGUAGUAGUGGUGGAAAUGCUGGGAACGGAAACUCAGGUAGCGCCUCAAAUAAUAAUGGAGCAAUGGCAACAGCAAACGUAGUUAAUCAAAUGUCAAUAGGAAAUUCUGCUUUAAAUUUUUUUCAACGUUCAUUUCAACAAAAUGGGGGAGGUGCUGCUGCUUCCUCUAUUGCUGCUGCUAGAGGAUUCAACAUGAUCACCCCAUUAGAAAAUAUUAAACAUUUUAAUAGUAGUCAACAACAACAGGGAGGUAGUAGUGGUAGUGGAGGAGGAGGGAAUAGUGGUCACCAAUCAUCUAAUAAUAAUAGCAACAAUUUUUAA